CACAUAAGGAAUUUGACUUGAUGACAGGAGCUUCCAGUGCAGAAGAAAGUACGGACAUAGUGCAACGAAUGCAUCACCAUAAAGUAAAGCUCUGAAAAGUGCUUAAAUGAUAUGUCUGCAAGGCCCAUUUGAAAUGCAAAGGACUAAGCAAAUAUUUCACUUGAUAAAGUACCGUGGAAAUAGUACAACCUACCAAUUUAAUCAUCUGCAUAAACCCACCCACUACCACGUCUGUAUUUUUCUUUCUUGCCAAAAUAAAACAAUCUAAAUAAACUUGCUCAUGUUUAUCAGUGGAAAGUCCCCACUAAUGUAAUGCAACAGUAUGUGAUUUGCAUUGUCAACUCCGUCCACAGCUUUAAAUCAAAAGCAUUUAGAGUGCGCACUGCAUAUACCACCUGCAGCAGCAGCAGCAGCUGUAUCACAGACCCAAUAUUAUCAUCAUCUGAAAGCCUGAACAAAGUUUCAGAUCGCUAUUUCCGAUGCUUGCGCCAGCUCAUGGGUGACUCGAGACGAAACGGAUCCCUCCUUUGAUUGGCCACAAAAGCGCUACGUGGACAUCGAGCAGCAACAGGUAGAGCGCGUGACCGUUAUCAUUUCAUUCUGACUGUGGCUGUCAGGAAGAUAACUCGUUAUCGCUCUUCGCAAGCCUCUUAUCGCGCACACAUCACCACGAGUUUGGUGGACAUUUAUUUCAAGGGCCUACACCAGGGUGUGGGUGAGUCAAGUAUGAAGUCCAAAGGAAAGGGGUCAAAGCGGGGCAGACAGUCUUGGGCAGAGCAGGACGACCCAGACUUUACGCUGGAAACAGAGCCAGGUUCCAGCGAGCAGGAGGGUUCAGAGGCAUCCGUGAGGCUGGGAGGGACAUGGAGAACAUUGAGGGGCGAGAGACACGGCGGUUCCCGCGUGGGCACACGUCGCAGGAGGCAGCACGGCAGCGCUAAGGAACGCAACGUCCGCAGGCUGGAGAGUAACGAGAGAGAGAGGCAGAGGAUGCACAAACUCAACAACGCCUUUCAGGCCCUACGGGAGGCCAUUCCUCACGUCAAAACAGACAAGAAACUUUCCAAGAUCGAGACUCUCACGCUGGCGAAGAACUACAUCAAGGCCUUAACCACAAUAAUCCUGGGCAUGUCGAACGCCUGCCUGCCUCACGUCGAGAGUGACAUGGAGACUCACGCCUCCCGGCUCCUGCAGUGCUAUCAGCAGCAUCUACAGGAGGAGGGAGAGGAGGAUCUGUCCAACUACCUGAGCCACAUUCACAGCUUCAACCAGGGCAGCUAACACACGCUGCCACAGACUCAGUGAGCACUGUGUAAAUACAUGCAUGAUGAUGAAUACCAGCUCUGAAGACUAACAAAAGGGUCCAUCUGAAUAACCCUGAGUUUACAAACAGGCUCAUUUAUGUACAGAAUAUGCACAGAUUAUAUUGCCCACAAACAAUGUGGUACUUAUUUGCCAUCAUCAUUGUUAAAUUACUAGCCACUAACUCUGGAUUAUGAAGGGACACAUUUGCUGGUCAUUAAUGUAGUUCAUCCAAAAAGGUCACAAAAGAAGAUGCUUUGCUCAUAUAGUGAAAGUCAAUGGGGUCCAAAACAACACUG